CUCCAGCAAACCACCACCGCGAAAAAUCUCAUUCUCCAUCCCCAAACCGCAGCAGCAGCAACCCAUCCCUCCCCGCCAACCCCGCAGCAGCUCCGAUGGCCCGCACCAAGCAGACGGCCCGCAAGUCCACCGGCGGCAAGGCGCCCAGGAAGCAGCUGGCGACCAAGGCGGCGCGCAAGUCCGCCCCGGCCACCGGCGGCGUCAAGAAGCCGCACCGCUUCCGCCCGGGAACCGUCGCGCUCCGGGAGAUCCGCAAGUACCAGAAGAGCACGGAGCUGCUCAUCCGCAAGCUCCCCUUCCAGCGCCUCGUCCGGGAGAUCGCCCAGGACUUCAAGACCGACCUCCGCUUCCAGUCAUCCGCCGUGUCCGCGCUCCAGGAGGCCGCCGAGGCGUACCUCGUCGGGCUGUUCGAGGACACCAACCUGUGCGCCAUCCACGCCAAGCGCGUCACCAUCAUGCCCAAGGACAUCCAGCUCGCACGCCGCAUCCGCGGGGAGCGCGCCUAGGCUCUGUAUGCGCCCUGUGCCAGCUGCACCUGAAUCCUGCUAGAUGUUUAAUACUCUGUAGUUGUCUGCUCCUAUUGUUGUUUUCCGUUCUUGUAAGUCUGAUGGAUGCCAUCAAAUGUUCAAAUCUCUAGAUCUGUUGUGCGUGAUUGUCUGAUUAUGUGGGUUCACUGUAAGUAAAAAUCCCAUUUGAAUCUAGAAAAAAAGAAGACUCCUCUGUUUGA